CAAAAAUCAAAAUUCUAUGGUUCAGCUUACCCUCAAAAUUCUAUAUAUGGUUCUCCAAAAAUUUGGAACUAUGCACUAAUUACAAAACUUUGUUUUGAAGACAUAUUAAAAGCACGUGUUAGUUUAGAUCGGCAACUACCAAUGUUGAACAUACCAACGAGUUGGAGUGGCCGUAGUUGGUUACAUCAUCCGAAAUUCACCAGCCAAUCAAAAAUUAAUAUCACGU